AUGGAAAGUAGCGAUCAUGACAAGAACAAGGCAUUCCCCAUAGGUGAAACACCACAAGAAACAAGCUCAUUGAAUGUUCCUAAAUCGUAUGAAAUCUCACCAACAAAUAGAGCUAGUUUGAACCCUGAAAUUGCGGAUGUGGUGCUUAUUGACUUGGCGGGACUUGACGAUCCUCUUAAGCGACCCAUAAUUGUGAAAGAAAUCGGAAAUGCUUGUCGUGAGACUGGGUUUUUUCAAAUAAUCAACCAUGGGAUACCAGAAAUGGUGCUCAACAAUGCAGUAGAAACUGCAUUCAACUUCUUUAACUUACCAACAAACGAGAAGGAAAAAUACAUGUCGAAUGAUGUCCACAAACCAGUUCGUUAUGGGACUAGCAUAAAGGAUGGAGAGGACAAAAUUCAGUUCUGGAGGGUUUUUCUUAAACUGUAUGCUCAUCCUCUGAGUGAAUGGAUCGAACAAUGGCCUAGUAACCCACCCGAAUACAGAGAAAAGACGGGAGAUUAUGCUAUGAAAACAAGACUUUUAGCAAUUAAGAUAAUAGGAGCCAUAACUGAAAGCCUUGGGAUUGGCCCAAAAUAUCUUGAAAGCAAAAUGGAAGAUGGGAUGCAAGUGCUAGCAGUUAAUUGCUACCCAAAAUGCCCUGAACCACAUCUUGCAUUAGGGUUGCCACCUCAUUCGGAUUACAGUUGCAUUACCAUAGUUCUUCAUAGUUCAUGUGGACUUGAGAUCAUGGAUGCUACAGAUGGCACAUGGCGAUUGGUUCCUGAUGUACACGGGGCCCUCCAAGUCCACAUAGGUGACCAUGUGGAGGUACUUAGCAAUGGAUUAUACAAAAGCAUGGUGCAUAGGGUUACAGUCAACAAUGAGAAGACUAGGGUUUCCAUUGCAAGUCUCCAUAGCAUGGGGAUUGAUGAGAAAAUGGAAACUGCUGAAAAACUUAUUACAGAUGAACAUCCUAAAAAUUAUAAGGAAAGCAGUUUCAGGGAUUUUCUCAAUUUUCUCUCAAGCAAUGACAUCACUGAUGGAAAAAGCUUCAUUGAAUCACUCAAAAUCAAUUAG